UUCAGUAAGUAUGAGGCGCUGGCUUAAACCAGGAGUUCAAACGAAUUAAACACAUUGGGCAAACAACCUUAUUACUUUCUGUUACAUUGGAUUUAAAUGAAAUUCUGAAGUUCCUGUGAAGACUAAACUUGAUGACAGAUUCAAAGAAUGACAAAAUCCAAUCAAGGGCACUGGGGACUGAGCCCUGAGCCAGCACUAGGAGUCAAGGUGGCUAGAACUGAUGCUCCUCUCUGGAUCAAACUGGUCAGUGCUGGGACAGGGGCCUGCAUAGCUGAUGUCGUUACAUUUCCUCUUGAUACUACCAAAGUCAGACUACAGGUACAGGGUGAUGUUGGCUUUCAUAGCAAGUACUCUGGUGUUGUUCGGACGAUUCUGACAAUUUUCCACGAGGAGGGCGGAAGAGGAUUAUACAGAGGACUAAUGGCGGGCUUACAGCGACAACUCUGUUUCUCCACAAUAAAACUCGGUUGCUAUGACGAUGUCAAGAAGUUGUACGCAAAUCUUUUAUUAACAGAGGACAAUAAACCAAACAGUACCCCUGUUUCAAUCCGAAUUUUGGCGGGAGUCACUACGGGGAUACUUUCUGUUGCGGUUGCGCAUCCAACCGACACCGUCAAAGUUCGCAUGCAGGCUCAGAGUGGCAACAACCUUUGGUAUGCUAACACUUCUGAUGCAUACAAGAAGAUAUAUAACACGGAGGGGGUGAAAGGACUCUGGCGUGGUUGCUUACCAAAUAUGUCAAGGAACGGCAUUGUAAACGUAGCAGAAGUUGUUACUUACGAUGUCAUUAAAAGUCAUUUGAUAGGUAGUGACGUCAUGUCAGAGGGGGUUCAGUGUCACUUGGUGUCAGCGUUUGCGGCGGGAUUUUGCGCAACUGUUGUCGCUUCCCCAGUUGAUGUAGUAAAGACUCGCUACAUGAACUCCUCGUCAUCUCGGUACAGAAAUGUCAUUCAUUGUGCCACAGAGCUAUGGAAGGCAGGUGGCUUUAGAGGUUUUUAUAAAGGAUUUCUGCCUGCAUUACUAAGAAUUGGUACAUGGAAUGUUUUGAUGUUCUUGAGUUAUGAGCAAAUAAAACUUCUUAUUCAGCCACCUUUGGCACAAAUUACUUCACAUUCUAGGGACGUUGAAAAAGCAACGCAGAUCCUCUUCAAAGACAAACAUACAUAAAUUCACACUGGAACUAAAUCUGCACAUGUACAUGUAUAUAUAAAUGAAGAUUUAAUACACCCUAAAUGAUAAAAUGUAGUAACAACAAUUCAGUCAAGUUCUAUUUUGAUAAGUGCAAUAAAAUUUAUCAUCUUCAGAAAAGAAAUUCAUUACAGUGUUAAACUUAAUCAAGUAAAUAUUGCAGGGUUUGAAGUUGUUACCAUAUUGAUAUAAGAUUUUUAAUAUUUAAAAUGCUAUUGUAAAACAACCUUUUCUUAU